GUUGUAUAUCAAAUUAACAAACCUUUUUUUAUUAGUAACAAAGAAAAAACCAACCAAAUCUAUAUUAUUUUAAGGGAAUAUCAUAUAUAUGGAUUCCUUACUUUACCAAUACUACUCUUCGCCGGAUGAGUACACCUCAAGUAACUUGUUAAAUAUUACUACUAACCAUCCAACACCCAAAAAUCACCACUACUCCCAGCUGCCUUUCAACGAAAACGAUUCCGAAGAUAUGCUGAUCUUCGGAAUCAUAGACCACACGGCCGAUGGCCAAGAGCUACCACUAGACCAAACAAAAAAACUUAAAGAAGAAAAAGAUGUGUUUUUUGAGACGGAUGAGAAAGAGUGUAGUUAUAGAGGCGUGAGAAAGCGGCCAUGGGGGAAGUACGCGGCCGAGAUACGUGACUCCACACGUAACGGGGUUAGAGUAUGGCUAGGAACAUUUGACACGGGAGAAGAGGCGGCUUUAGCUUAUGAUCAAGCUGCAUUCGCUGUCCGUGGUUCGGCGGCUGUCCUUAACUUUUCGGCGGACUUAGUUUACGAGUCUUUAGUGAAGAUGGAUUAUAAGUACGAGGAAGGGAGUUCGCCGGUUCUGGCACUCAAAAGGAAACACACCAUCAAGAGGAAAUCUAUGUCGAAGAACAAGAAGAAGAAGAAUGAUCAGAAGGAGGUCGUCAAGGUGGAAAAUGUUGUCGUUUUGGAGGAUUUGGGUAGGGACUAUUUGGAAGAGCUAUUGUGGUUUUCUGAAAGCUGUAGUAGUUCAAGUUGCUGAAAUUUGACCCCAAAAAAUUGAAAAGAAUAUACUUAAGAACUAUAUAUUUAACUUUUAUUUUAAUUACACACAUACACCAUGAGCGCGCAUAUAUAUAAACUUAUGUUUUUGGAUAAAUAUGUUGUUUUCAAGUUGAGCGACAAAGGGAGACGUAAGUUAGUAAUGCAUGUUGGGACAGAUUGGAUAGUGCCAAAUUAAAAAGUAUAUGAUGUAUGUGUAAAUAUAUUAGAUAACCAUAAUAGUAUAGAUUGGAUCAAGAUACCACCAACUUUUAAUAUA